UCAGGAAGCGAGUCACAUGGCCUCUGAGUAGGCAGAAUUGUGAAUCCAAUAUGGCGGGUAUUCACUGAACACGCAUGAUUACGAAACAAGCAAAUUUUGGUUUAGUUUGAGGGUAUCACAAGUAUUUCAAAGCUGGAGUCGAUAACUUUCCCCCUUGCUGCUAUGGAUGAAUCGGAAUAUGAAAGCCUUCCAACAGAAAGAGUGACCGUUCAUCUUGCUGCGGGCGCGCUGGCAGGCGUAAUGGAGCACUGUGUGAUGUACCCUGUUGACUGCGUGAAGGUACGAUCAAACGGAAUUUAGGAACUUGAGGUCCUUAAUUAACGCAACUGUUACAUAAUCAUGGCCUAACAGAGGUUUUGCUUGGGAAUCGAACUCGUCCAUCUUCUCGUUUGUGUUUCAUUUAGUAAGCUCUUCCUUGCGCGUGUCACGUAUUCCGUGAUGUGGUUGUUGUCUUUAGUGUCUAAGCCGUUUUGUGAGUUUUUACCUCCAGUUUGUACUCUUAUCGUCGAAUUAGAGUGUUCAAAUUCUUGCACGCUUUGUUCAAUCCACCUAGUUUGCUUCUAAUAGGACUACAAUGUCUGUGUAUUGUUAGGUAAACUACAGCGUAUAUGUAGGUAUCCUCUUGGCUCUUAUCCACUGAUCAGUUAAGCUUCUAAACUCACGAUAUUUGUUUUGUAGGCAAAUCAGUGAAAAAUAAAAUGUAACCAACGCUAAGAAAGACAGAAUUUUUUUUCUACAUUAACACAGCAUCCUCGCUUAGAUCUAUGAACAAAUACAGAUAGAUAAUGCUUAAUCCAAUACGGUUUCUUAGAAACUUGAGUUAGUAGGGAGUAGUACAAUUGCAUCAUUGACAUGCCCGGGUUCAUAUUUCGCUGUGUUACAAGUGCUUAAUACAAUAUAUAUUCUUUUCAGUUUGCAUUGACCGUGACACUGCAGUAUUAUGGUCUUAUUUUCAUUGUUUUGUCUUAAAUAUCAAUGAAUAAUUUGUUUGUUGUUUGUUGUGACCGUGCAGUUGAGCUGAGUUAUUUAUAGAUACCAUGUAUCAUCUGGGUUGUUUACACCAACGUUUUUUGUUAAGGCAGGACACCUGUUUUAUCUCUUAACUUACGACAAAUUCCAUCUCUUCCCUUGAGAAGCAAAUUUCUUGCUUUUUUUUUUCAAUUGUAUGUUGAUAUUUCGUCAGUAAAUUUGUCAGAUUCUUAAAUGUUAAGUGUUAAAUGAUUUUCAUUAGAUAUCUCCAAAGUCAUGGCCAAAGUACCAAAGCCUAUCUACCUGUGUUUAUUGAAUAUUUUUAACCUAGACUGGCAGUGCUUAUUAAUGAAGCUGGUCACUAAUUUGAGCUUUAGUGUAUUUACUUUACAGGGCUCGAAAUUAAAAAAAUCUUCAGGUCGCCUUGUGGCGACCAACCGGAGAAAUAUAGUCGCCAGAUGCAAAUUUUUAGUCGCCAGUUUGUAAAAUGUAAAUGACGCAGCUCAUAGGUACAGGGCUUCUGAUAUUUCGAGCAGGAGCAGAGCCGCGAAAUUCACAAAAACACGCAAAAUACCGCGAAAUUCAGUAGAAAUCCUGUCAAAUACAUGUCUGUACAACAUAUUUGAAACUUAUCUCAGCUAUUGGGGGCUAUUUACUUGCCGUAAAUCUUGAUGCUUCGUCAAUGAAACGUGCAAAUAACGUCCCGAAACUACCAGGCGUAGAUUAUGUUGCGAAAAUUGGGCACUAGCCAUGAUGUUAAAGGCUUUGCCAUUGGUUCAUUUCUGGAGCGUAUUGUUGUUGAAAGAGCAAAGGAUGACCCUGUUAUUAAAACGCUAAAAAUGCUGGUCUGAUCGGCCAAAACCGAUCGAUAUCUGACAAAAUGUUCCCUCAAAAAUAACCACAAAAUCUGCCUUUUUUUUAAAACGCUAAAAAUGCUGGUCUGAUCGGCCAAAACCGAUCGAUAUCUGACAAAAUGUUCCCUCAAAAAUAACCACAAAAUCGGCCUUUUUUACCGAUUGAUUUUCGGCGAAGUUUGCCCCAAACAUUCCCGCGAAAGUGCCGCAAAAUCGGCCGAUGUUUCCGCGAAUUUGCCCCUAAAAAUCCCGCGAAAUUUGCCUUUUUUCCACUACCUAUCAGAAGCCCAGCAUAGUAUGGCGCGAUCCAUCAGAUUUGAAAAUAUCUUGAAGUCAGUAUAAAUUUGGAGGUAAACUGGCUUUGUUUAUGUGAUUGAUUUGGCACAUUUUCCAUGAUGAAAGAAAAGCAAGAUAAGAUGAAAUGUUCGUUUUAAUUUUACUCUUCUAAAAUCUGGUCGCCACUUUGGCGACUUAACCAGAAUUUUUAGUCCCCAAGGAAAAAAUGUUAGUCGCAUUGGUGACCGUAUCAGUCGCAAUUUCGAGCCCUGCUUUACCAUUUUGGAUGCAAACUGCAUUGUGUGUUGAACAAAUUAGAUCUUAACAUGUGACACCAUUCGUAAGAGGACGGUAACAACUUCCCCUGACACUUAAAUAACAUAGUUAUCGUGACACUAGUAAUAUUACAGAAUCUGGCUGUAAUUUUAUGGGUGUUUCAUUUAAGCCAUGACAGUAUGAAAAGCUUUUGACACUAGUCUUGUAUCAACGUUGUUAAUUUGUUUUCUUUGUAAUGGAUGGUCUUCAACCUUGCACUUUAUGGUUUCCUAGUAUUUAAUAUGUAACUAGCAGUAACCAAUGGUUAGGAAGUGCGGGCGAACAUGUACGUAUACCUGAAAGGUACGAUUGAUGUUGAGAACUGCUUUCAUAAUAGACCAUAUUCGUCUUCCCCAAUGGGCCUGGGACGAGUGGGCCCUUGAGCAUGAAUGCGAUGCUAAUGCAGGGAACCUCCUUCCAAGAGGCUCCUGGCGAGAAGUUCCCUGCAUUAGACUUGCACUCUUGGCGAGAAGUUUCCCACAUGAACCUUGCAUUAAUGCCCAAGGGCCUACUCAUAUGCAUCCCAGGACUAUCUGGGAUAAUAUUGUCUACUGUUUACGUAAAUAAGAAAGUGCCUAUUAAUAGUUCCAGUAGCAAACAGAAGGAAUCACGGCGGAUCAUGAAUAUGGGAACCGAAGAGAACAACACAGUAAACAAGACUGUUGUUGAAUUCAACUGCUUUAAUCAUAGUUACAUAGAUACAGAUAGCCUUGCGAACGAUUAGGAACGACUGAGGAGAGACAGCUAGCUGUAUUCGCAGGCAAAGAUAAUGCCUGACAAUGCCCAUGUGAAAUUAACACUCAUAACAGCACAAACUCAAGGCUCGAACUCUUAUUAUUCAUCAAUCAGUGUUUGGUGACCAAAAUUAUUGAGAUGCAACAGUGAAUCAUGAGAAAGAAUAGGUCUGCAGGCUUGCUUCUGGCUCACCUGUAAAUAUUAAUUAUUUUGUUGUUUUACGUUGCAGACAAGAAUGCAGAGUUUGCGUCCUCAUCCAAAUGCGAUAUACAGAAAUAUGCAUCAUGCAUUCAAAAGUAUGGUAACAAGAGAAGGUCUUUUAACUCCUUUCAGAGGAAUUAAUGUGGUAGCACUAGGAGCAGGACCAGCACAUGCAUUGUACUUUAGCACAUAUGAGGCAACUAAGAAGUUUAUUAAUGGCAAUCAAACAACAUAUAACCCACUUUCACAUGGUAGGUGCUCUGUUUAAAUCUUCUUGGAAAUACAUGUCUAUUAGUUAAUAGAUUUAGGAUGGUACUUCUCGUGGAAAAUGAUUGGAAAGUAAUUUUUAGCACACCAAGAUGACUGUGGCGUCUUUGACCCAAAUUCAACCAUAGCUCUCAAAAUUUUAAAACUUAUAGAACGGGCUCACUGUCAUCAUUUUUUUAAGGGUUAGUGGUCCACAAGAUUGUGAAGAAAAUGGGGUAGAAAAGUCAUACAAAAUGGAACAAGUAUUUUCUGACGACAAUGUGAGGGUUAAGGACAAAACAAAAUUGCAGUUCAUCAGCUUUGAUAAUCCAGAAAUGUCAAAAUAUUGUCUUAACUUAUCGUCAUUAUUUAAAUAUGACAACGACAAUUUUUUUUUCUGGUCUUUUGUUUUCUGCUCUGAAACUAGCAUUUUUGAAAUCUUUUAUCUGUAAGCUACUUCUAUUAUUAUCUUGUGUUAUAAUAAUUUAUGUGUAUGUCAGGGGACCGUCCUUAAGCAGACAAAGAAGUAACAGAAAUUUUCUGACUGGUUUUAAUAUUACCCCCUGAUUGUUUUUGAACAGCACAGAAUAAAGCAACUCUUUUUUAACAGUAGAUCAAUCAGUAGUUUUUAGUUUCCCCGAAUUUUGAGGUAAUAACCUUAUAUGCAGUUACAGUUAUUUUGUGAUUUUAUCACCAAUAUCUGCCUUGAUGAACAAAGAUAUUGUUCAUUCUGUCCAAGUCCUUAUCCCAAGAAAUUAUGUACACAUUAUCAGUCUAGGUUAGGCUUUUGUUGGCCUGCCAUGUAAAAAAUCACAAUUAAAAAUACUUUUCAAAGCUGACGUUAUUAAUUUGAUGAUAAUUAUUGCUUUAUGCUACGACAUGUGUGUUUGACUAACACCCUUAACAUGCAGGGCAAUUGGUGGCAUUCAGCUGGAAUUAGGUAUUGUUAAGUAGAACAGUCAUACUUUUAUUUUAUAGUUGCAGCUUACAAGAUCUCCUUUGAGGAGAAAUUCCUGUCAUGGUUUGAUUAGUUGAUAAGAUUUCAAGUGAAUCUUUCAGUACUUGUAAUCCACUUAUUAUUUAUGACCUAUUAAUUAAUGCUAAUGUUCUCUUUUCCAUCAAUAUAACUGUAGUUUUGCUUAUAAAGGAUCAAGUCAUACAGUGUAGGAUUUCUCUUUGAUGUGCCUCUUUAAUGUGGUCUGUUCCACAAUGGCCAUUUUGGUGGCCUUUUUGCAAGUUUAAGUUUAAUUUAGUCUCUUCAGUAAUGGCUAAAUUCAGUAACAUCAACUCUCACUGUGAACGUUAUUUAGAGUGAAAUUUCAUUUGACCUGCAAGUCACUGCAAUAAAAAGGUUACUCGAAUUUAGGGCACAUGAAAAGGCAAGCACUUAUAUUCUACCAUAAAGAAACUGAUAAACAGCGUGAAGAAGGGAAGGUAAUGGAAAUUGAAAGAAGAUGAGUAGACUUAAGUUUCAUAUUUGAUUUGAUCCCAAUUUUCAACAAAUGGAAGUAAACUUGAAAAAGGUGGGGUACACUUUUUGAUGUUUAUAACGUACCAUUCAUUUUAAUGUUCUCCAAUAUUACUCAUCCAUGUCUGUUGUUUAUUUUCAAUGUUUUUGAUGAUCCUAAUAGUGAUCAAAUUGAAGUUUUCUCUUGUUACUUUUUUCAAAGAAUCAUCAAUUCAUAGUGAAGUAUAGUUGCUUGUGUCACCCAACUGUUAGUUUUUGUUUUGGUAACUUGGCUCAGAGGGUUGACAAUUGUUGAUGACCUUAAACAGACUGAUCCUAAGGCUGAGUUUAUUUUCCUUCUGUAGGUCUUGCCGGUGUAUGUGCGACAGUUUUCCAUGAUGGUGCUAUGAAUCCCAUAGAAGGUGUAUUGUCUCUUUAUUUUUUACCAUUUAAAAACGACCUGGAGUGUAUUAUCAGGUUAAAAACCUCAAGGCAAAGCCGAGAGUUUUUCCACCUGAUAAUGUACAACUGCAAGUUUUUUGAACAGCUUCAAAAUCUCUGAUGUAGAUCAACUUGUAGUUAUACUUUAGAUUUGGGGUUAUUUUGUUCUAAAAAAUUAGACGUAAAGUUUAGCCUUGUCUUUAUCAGAUGUAAAGACACUCAUAUAAAACAUUAAUUUAUUUCUUUUGUUUUUUCUUCGUGAAUUAUUAAUGAGUUUUUGAAUAAUAAUAUCAUUUCAUGGGGCAUUUCCUCAUCAUAGAGGCAUACCAUGUGAACCCAGUACUUUUUAUUCUUUCUAGUUGGAUUAAGCCUUGCGCAAUUUAAAAGACUUUAAAAGUUAUGAAUUUGUUUUAUAUGAUACAAUACAAAGUUAAAGUUUUGGAAUGUUAAAAGUUAUUGAGAAAAUUUAUUUGCUUUAUGAAGUUUACCAACUUAAUGGAAGGGAUCUAUAGCAUAAGUAUAGUAAUAAAGUUGAUUGUACUGACAUUGCUUCUUGUCUUCAUUUCAUGUUGCUCAACAAAUCAGUGGUGAAGCAGAGGAUGCAAGUUUAUGGAAGCCCUUAUCGUAGCGUACUUCACUGUGUCAGGACUGUUGUACGAGAUGAAGGAGUAAGAGCCUUCUAUCGCAGUUACACAACACAGCUCUCCAUGAACAUUCCCUUCCAGACUUUACAUUUCACAGUGUAUGAGUUUACACGAGAGACUAUGAACCCAACUCGUGGAUACGAUCCAAAGACUCAUGUAGUUGCUGGUGCAACAGCUGGUGCUGUGGCUGCGGCACUGACAACACCAUUGGAUGUAGCAAAGACAUUACUGAAUACACAGGAAAGAGGAGCAGUUGCCAUUGUUGGCAAACCUGAAGGACAUGCUGUUUAUGUGAGUGGAAUGUUAACAGCAUUCCGCUCUAUAUACAGAUUACGUGGUUUCUCUGGUUAUUUCCAAGGACUUAGGGCCAGAGUUCUCUACCAGAUGCCAUCUUGUGCCAUUUGCUGGUCCGUUUAUGAAUUCUUCAAACAUUUCUUGCAGUUUGCAGAGACUGAAGCUGAGUAUGAACUGUCACCAGUAUGAACAGUUCCCACGGGAAGAAUUUAAACUCUUGUGAAAUCAGUUGUAAGGUCAGUAAUACAAAUCCAGAUCAUCUGCCAUCACAGAGUACCUGGCAAUUGUGCUGAGUGUUACAAGUUGGUCUUUCAAGGAAUGUAGUAGUGGAUAACAUGUAGACAAAGAGUGAAUUCUCGGCUGCAGAGGUUUUGUCAGAAUUCAAGUCUUUUUAUGCAUUAGUCCCUGUAAAACAGAGACAUGAGGUUGUCAUUGCCCAUAUUCCAGUGAUGGCUGUUAUAGAUUAGAUGAAAAACCUAAUGGAGGAUGGUGAAAGACAAGAAAACCAGCUAUUGAGCUACAGUACUCUUCCUUGUGGUAAAACAACAUUGAAAUUUGAAGUUGGUUCAAGAAGGUUUUUGGCUGCAAAGAAUUCAUACCUGUUCGUAAUUUCCUGCUGUUGAUGUGUUGUAAUGAUGAAAUCAAAAGACUAAGAAAGUUAUUUUGACUGCAGUGGUUUGCUGCAAGUUCCUGAUUUCCUGUCCUUGAUGUGUUGUGUAUUGUUGUAAGUCAAGACUAAAAAAGGAAUUUCGGCUGCAGAGGUUUCAUGCCAGUUCCUUAAUAUUUCUUGUUGUUUAUGUGUUGUUAUGUUUCAAGUCAAAAGACUAAAGAAGGAAUUUCGGCUGCAGAGAUUUCAUGCCAGUUCCUGAUUUUUUAUUGUUGAUGUGGUGUAAUGUUUAACAUUUCUAGCUGUAUGUCAUUGAUGUGAAACUGUAAUAGAUUUUAAUGCUAUUGUUUUAGGCAGUAACUAUGCCUGCAUUUUGAGAGAAAUAACAUUUCGUUACGUAAUUUUGUUUACCAUGACAAAACAAAAAUAAUGGUUGAAACACAAUGAUGAUUGACAAUCUGAGAGUGGCUGCUCUUAUUUAAACACAGUUCCCACUGCAGAGAUGAAGAUAGGACUUUUCUGCUGGGUUUCUGUCAAAUUUUCCACUUAAACUGGUAUGAGAUAGCAAAAAAAAAUACUGCUUUGUUGAAAAAUAGACAUAAUAUCCUUUCCAGAAGCUCGGCAACAGAGGGGUUUGCCAGUUUCC